CGAAGACAAUGGGGAUGGAAUGGAAACGUGGUCUAAUGGAAAACACCUCGGUAUGCAAGCAGAUCAACUGGAGGAAGAGCUGGAUGAAGAACUCACAAAGAUUCUGACAACAAACAACCCACAUGCUCCACAAAAUAUUAUCAACUACAGCAUCAAGGAACAUUGCUUCAAGACAACUAGUGUUGAACAGAGGGCUGUUCAUUUUGUGGUGGGGGGAAGCUUGUUGCAUCAUGAGUCUGAAGAGGCGAAGAGCCUGAGGGUCAAGGAGUGUUUCCCUGAAGAGAAGGCAUCAGUUGACACUGGAGCAGAAUGUGAGGAGGAUGACAUAGAAACAGUGGCUACACCUGUAGAGGAUGGGAUGGAGGUGGAGGAACAGGAGGGACAUGAGGACAAAUCAGACAGCCCUACCUCCAAAAAUGGAAAUAAAGAACAAAAACUUAGAAAUCAGUUCAACUUCUGGGAGAUGGCCACACAGACUUUUAUACAACCUGUGACGGAAGUACGCUGUCAGACUGAACCGCCACCACAGACCAAUUUAUCUGCCUCUUCUAGUAAGUGGGAGAUCUAUGAGGCAUAUGUAAAGGAGAUGGAGAGGCAGGAAAAAAGCAAAGAGAAGCAGAAAGUCAAGAAAGAUAAUGAACAAAGCAAGAACGAUGUUAGGCAGAUGGAGACCCAGGUACAUUUGCAAGGUUCCUGUCAGAUUGCAGAUGUCAAUGUUUUGGUCAAGGGGGCCAAGCUUCAUGAACGAAUGGUCAAUCUAAAUAUAUUUGAUGACACAGCACAAGAUUUUAAAUACUCUGAUGAGUCCAGGCACCAGGGGGGCACCCUUCUACCUUUGUGGGAAUUUCAGUAUGACAAAGUCAGAAGACUGUCUGUUACUGCCCUCUGCUGGAAUAGCAAAUAUCCAGAUCAAUUUGCUGUGGGAAUGGGAUCAUAUGACUUCAUUAAAAAUGGGAAGGGCUUACUUGUCUUCUACUCAUUGAAGAACUGUAAUUUCCCAGAAUACAUCUACCCCACAACUUCUGACAUCCUGUGCCUUGAUAUCCACGAGAAGCAUUCCCACUUGGCGGUAGUGGGCUUCUGUGAUGGCUGUGUUGCUGUCUACAAUCUCAAGGAGAAGCAACCUGACCCGGUUUAUAAGAGUACUGCAAAGACGGGCAAGCACACAGAUCCUGUUUGGCAGGUUCGUUGGCAGAAAGAUGAUAUGGACAACAACCACAAUUUCUACUCUGUGUCAUCUGAUGGCAGAGUUGUAUCCUGGACACUCGUCAAGAAUGAGUUGUUUUUCACAGACGUUAUCAGAGUGUCAGAGAAGAGUGCUUUCCCAGAGGGACCUGAUGUGAUGUCCAUCAUUGGUUGCGGUAUCUCGUUCGACUUCCAUAAACAGAUUGACUAUUUGUUCUUGGUUGGCACGGAGGGCGGGAAAAUACACAAGUGCUCUAAGACUUACUCAAGCCAGUUCCUGGAGACAUAUGAUGCACACAGCAAUGCAGUGCAUACUGUAAAGUGGAACCCCUUCCAUCCAAAGGUUUUCAUCUCUUGCAGUUCAGACUGGACUGUUAAAAUGUGGGACCACACAAUCAAAACUCCAGUGCUCACUUUUGACCUGUUUGCAGAUGUUGGGGAUAUUUCCUGUUCUCCAUUCUCCUCUACCGUCUUUGCUGCUGUGACAACAAAGGGAGCAGUUCACGUAUUUGACGUCAACAUCAACAGAAAUGAGGCCGUGCUAGAGCAGGCCGUAGUUUCCAGCGAGAACACCAGGCUGACAUGUGUUGAGUUCAAUCCCAUCCAUCCUGUCAUCAUAGUGGGGGAUGACCAAGCCCGUGUCACUUGUCUCAAACUCCCUCCUAACCUCCGCAAGAAGCUCAAGGGCAAGAAGGGUCAGGAUGUCAGUGAGAGUCCAGAAGAACAAGUGGCCAAGAUGGACCAAAUUCUCAACCUACUGAGGAAACCAGAAGAAAGCAACGUUUAAUGAGAUCAGCAGGAUUCUCAGUCGAAUACGACAACAC